AGCCAGUGCAGUGUGUUGGAAAGGGCUAUGUACCACAAAGAGGGGUAAACCUGGAACAAGAAAGUGUCACAAAGCGGUUACAUGUCACUUGUGCGUGCGAAUAUACCGCUGCCCUCCCACCUCAGCAACGCCUCUACGCAGUCACUCCAGUCACUCCUCAAGUAACUCCCCCCUCCAAAUCUCACUUCCAACGGAACUUCAUCGUUUCAGAGCCCUUUUAGUGUCCUUUUAUAGUCAUGUCCGAACCUUACGACCCUUACCUCCCCCGCAAUGGCUCCUCAUCCAAUCCCGCUGGCGGGUCAAGUCAAGGUGGAAACCCUAAAACCGCAGCUAUCCAGCAACAAAUUGACGACACCGUCGGUAUUAUGAGGGAGAACAUCACAAAAGUCGCAGAACGUGGAGAGAGAUUGGACUCGUUACAGGAUAAGACAGACAACCUUGCUGUUUCGGCACAGGGCUUCCGUCGUGGUGCUAACCGAGUACGGAAGAAUAUGUGGUGGAAAGACAUGAAGAUGCGCAUGAUCAUCGGCGUCGCAGUCGCAAUCAUCAUAAUCAUCAUCGUAGUCAGUAUUGUGAAGGCAACACAUCACUAGGCAUCUGUUGGUUGUUGUAUCUAUGCACCGUAUCGUUAAUUCUUCUGCUUGUUCUGUGCUUUACUUUUUGUUGGCUGCGAUUCACCU